AAGUAAUGUUCCUCAAACGUCAACGACCGCCAUCUCGUAACAAGAAGGUCGCCGAUCGGACAGUCAAUCUGGCCCACGAUAGAAAACAAGAAAAAAAGUCUCCAACCUACGUGCGUUCAACUACUUCAGGGCACCAGGCAACCAUUCCCCGCCUAUUAUUCAGCCGACGUUUCCGAAUCCAAACGGUUUGCUUUUCUUGGUCAGCUCUCCAUCCUUCGUCUUCUCCCUUCCUCUUGACUCUCAUCUCCCUGCGAUCGCAAUGCUGCUGUUGUCCCGCGUGUCGAUCUUUCGAAGACCUGGAAUCCUACGGCCAAGGUUCGCUCUCCCGUUCUCCGUCGCCGCUAGAGCGGCCCACGGCGAGAAAGACAGCCGGCCGUCAAGCCGCGAACUCGGGGCCUUGGUGGCGGGGAUCGUCGCCUUGGGCGGAUCGGGCCUCGGGCUGUGGUUCCUCCCCUCGCCGUCUUCUCCUCUCGAAUCCUCUGUCAUCUUCGCCGACGCUGCUGCCUCGGGGCAGAGCGAUCCGGAGCAGCAGUUCGUCUUCGAGGAUUCGAUUCAACAAAAGAAACCUAGGUACAUCCUCGGAGAUUCAUAUCGAAGAAGGGUGUUCUUUAAUUAUGAGAAACGGAUUAGGAUGCAAAGUCCUCCUGAAAAGAUUUUUGAGUACUUCGCAUCUUUCCAGAGUCCUGAUGGGGAGAUGUUCAUGACACCGGCAGAUUUAAUGAGAGCAGUUGUUCCUGUAUUUCCCCCAUCCGAAUCAGAUAAGGUGAGGGAAGGAAAUCUAAGAGGGGAGCACCAUCGUGGCGAUUUACAUUGUGCACCAUCAACUUUUUUUAUGCUCUUUGAUACUAAUAAUGAUGGGCUUAUAUCAUUCCCAGAGUAUAUCUUCUUUGUAACAUUGCUGAGCAUUCCUGAAUCAAGUUUCAGUGUGGCAUUUAAAAUGUUUGACAUUGACAAUAGUGGAGAGAUAGAAAUGGAGGAAUUUAAGAAGGUUAUGGCGCUAAUGCGGUCCUAUAAUAGGCAAGGAGCCAGUCAUAGGGAUGGACUACGUACUGGUCUUAAAGUCAGCAAGUCUGUGGAAGAUGGGGGCCUUGUUGAAUAUUUUUUUGGCAAAGAUGGCAACGGAUGUCUUCAACAUGAUAAGUUUGUUCAAUUUUUGAGAGACUUGCAUGACGAGAUAGUGAACUUGGAGUUUGCUCAUUAUGACUAUAAAUCAAGAGGAACUAUUUCUGCCAAGGAUUUUGCAUUGUCUAUGGUUGCUUCUGCUGACAUUAGUAGUGUAAACAAGUUCCUUGAUCGUGUAGAUGAGUUGGACAAUCACCCACAUCUCAAAGAUGCACGUAUUACCUUAGAGGAAUUUAAGUCCUUUGCCGAGUUACGCAAAACUUUGCAACCGCUGGCUGUGGCUAUCUUUAGCUAUGGGAGAGUUAAUGGUCUGUUGACAAAGCAGGAUUUUCAGCGAGCUGCAUCCCAUGUUUGUGGUAUCACUGCGAGCGACAAUGUGGUUGACAUUAUUUUCCAUGUAUUUGAUGCAAACCGUGAUGGAAAUUUAAGCUCGGAUGAGUUCCUGGGAGCUCUUCAAAGAUGGGAGCGUGAUAUUCGCCCACCAACUGCAAUGAAUACGAGGGGGCUUUUUUCAUGUUGGUUGAGUUGUGUAAAAACUUCCUCUUUCACAAAGAGAUCUUUAUAAUCAAGCUCUUUAGCCGACCUGGUUAUUUAGACUUUAGGACAGUCUUGAAUCAUUACAAGCUUCAAGUGGAUGUUCUACGAGAAACAGAGGUAGGUCAUGGAAGUUGAUUCCUUAUAUUCUGGCGGAUGGUGAAGUUAUAAUAGACUAUGCCAAGGGUGAAGGAAAUGCUGCUUGCAGCAAGAAGACCUCCUAGGACACUUUAUGUUACUUGUUGCAGAUAGCUGUUUAAAAUGCUUUCCCUGGUGCUCUAGUUUAGGUGUGUAUAUAUAGGCUGCUUCCAAGUACUUGAGGCAAGUUCAUUCGUGGCAAUACGUAUUUCCUCAGCAGUGGAUAAUUUGAAGCCUACAUAAUGUAUACUGUUUGGCAGCUUCGCAAACUGUUGGGCAUGUAACUUAGCCUCUUUUUCUUCAAAUGUGGCAAUUAAUGACCGCAUCAGCUUAAGAGGGAACUUUUUGUUAGGACUAUAAUAUCAACUGCUGUAUGUUUAGUAAUCCAGGGUCAGCAUUGAAGGAUCACAAAAAAGUUCCUCAUGCUGACAUCUAUCAGCAUGGCUCAUCCUAAUUCAACCAAUACCUUGUUAAUCACAAUAAACUGCUUGAGUCACACCAAUUACAUCAUGCAACGCCAGCACGAGGGAUAGUUUGUGUGACAGAGCAGCCCCAUAGCCUUAUGAGGCAGUCUGAACUUUUCCUACUUGUUUCUGGCACCAAUAGCUCCCUUUUUUCUGUAAAUCUUUGAUUGCUGUUUCUGGAAUUGAACAUGUAUGACUUUUAAAGAGUAGAUGUUUUCAUUCCCUCAGGGCUAUGUUAUAUUUGUCCAACAGUGUUCUAUCAGCAAGUUUUUGAAGAUAUAUUGAUCAAGAAAAUCUUUUUUUUUUUAAAGAAAUUAGUUAAGAAAGUCUGAUUUGCAGCAACUAAAUGGGCAUGACAUGGUUCCUAGUCACUAUUUGCGGUACAAUGAUCACCCAUAUCAAUCAAGACCUCCCCAAAUUAGGUUGUUGGAGGGGGAGAGUUAUGAAGAGACAUGUUAAGCCCAAGUGUCUAAUGUCUACAAAUUGUGCAUCAACUCAAGCAAGAACAGAGACCAUUGGUUUGCUAUGUGGAUUAAAAGAUUCUCUGGGUUAGUCAUGAUAAGCUUGUUGUUCUGCUGAAUCAAGCCUAUGAAUCUGCUUUUUCAUAGUUCACAAAGAAUAAUCUAUUCAUUGUUGGAAUUGUUUUCACUUUUUUGCAUUUCUGAAUUUUCUUUUUGUUGCCUGCAAUUGGAGGUGCAGCAGCAAAUUUGAUUUCUUUUUUUUCUUUUGAAGAGAGGGGUCGGAGGAAGCCAAUGCACUGUUUACAUUUUGGAUUCCUACUGAAGGCUUAAGAGGCUAGGAAUUGGUUUAAGAUAACUCCCUUCUUUACGAAUUAUUGAUUUUGUAUAAAUUCAUGUUUCUUUGCAUGACAAACUAUUAACUGAUACACUCCUAGAGCAUGGUGGUAGAUUCAUCCUCCCAGGUUAAGCUUGAACUCUGCAACUUUUUGUUGACCUAGUUCAAGGUUACCGCUGAUUUCCAGAUUGCAAGCAUACGAAAUUCUGAACAACAUGAUCUCAUCAUUCAGUAUCAAGCUAUACAUAAUCCACCAGGCUUGCCAAAAUGAGC